GUCCGAGGCUCCGGUGCGCACGACCUUUCCCGGAGUCGGUCGCAACGCCCGCCCCUCCUCCCCGGCCGCUUUGCCCGCACAGCGACGGGCCAGCGACGGGCCUGGGCCCCGGGGCUGCAGUGUGACCGUGGUUUCUGACCAUGAACUCCUCUGGAGGAAAGAGGCAGGAAGCAGCAAGGCCCACGGGUAGAAAGGCUCACAGACCCCGGGAGCAGGACCCAGAUGUGCAACUGUCCAAGGCUCUGUCAUAUGCCUUGCGACACGGGGCCCUGAAGCUGGGCCUUCCCAUGGGGGCUGAUGGCUUUGUCCCCCUGGGCACCCUUCUGCAGCUGCCCCAGUUCCACAGCUUCUCCACUGAAGAUGUGCAGCGUGUGGUGAACACCAACAGGAAGCAGCGCUUCACUCUGCGGCCAGGAGAUCCCAGCACUGGCCCCCUCAUCCGAGCCAACCAGGGCCACUCCCUGAAGGUACCCGAGUUGGAGCUGAUGCCUCUGGAGACGCCACAAGCUCUGCCUCUGGUACUAGUACAUGGUACAUUCUGGAAGCACUGGCCAUCCAUCCUUCUCAAGGGCCUGUCAUGCCAGGGAAGGACACACAUCCACUUGGCUCCAGGACUGCCUGGAGACUCUGGCGUCAUCAGUGGCAUGCGCCCAAAUUGUGAAGUGGCUGUGUUCAUCAAUGGACCCCUGGCCCUGUCAGAUGGAAUCUCCUUCUUCCGCUCUGCUAACGGGGUGAUCUUGACUCCAGGGAAUGCUGAUGGCUUCCUGCUUCCCAAGUACUUCAAGGAGGCCCUGCAGCUGCGCCCUACCCGUGAGAACUGGCCCCUCCACCAAUAUACUGGAGCUGUGCCCUUUGCCUGUACCCCUUUCCCAGCCCCCGAACCCAGACUGACUUCGAUCUCCCCUUUCUCUAAGCAUCGCUGCUUGCUCUCUAUUGCAGGAAAGCCUCUCUCCUUGGCUGGUGAUAAAGGGACAAAGUAGCAGAGUGGCCCCAAGCACAGCCUGAGAGGAAGGAGGAUGAUCCAACAAUAAAAUAUUUAUUUAUUUUAAAAAAUCUAAAAAA